AUGAUGGAUUCAAUGAACAUCACCAUUGGUUGGUCACCCGCCGAGUCUCGCCCAGGCGAUUUAAAUCCCUUGAAAUCGGACGACUCAACAGAAGUCAGCGACAGGGAAGAAGAGCGAGGCCGCAACCUGCAGAGAAAUGAGCAGCGCAACGCAAAGAGAGGCCAGGGUGACAAGAACGAAGGCAGAAAGCACCGUCAUAACGCCGUUGAUGUCAAUGCCCUGCAACAUAAGAAAGGCUCGCCUGUCUCUGCAUCAAAGCCUACGGCGAAGAGAGGUCGCGACGAUGAUGAAGGCGACAUGACCUCAAAGAAACAGCUGGAUAACACUAUAGACCAGAGAGCUUCAAAGAGGAAAUGUGAUAACUCUGCUAAGGAUCGUAGGAUCCUGAGUAGUGCGUUCUUCGAGCUUGUUGAAAGAGGCGGAGGGCAAAUUCGAUACGACGUUAAGGAGGACCCGUGGGGGUUGUCCAAAAAGCGUAACGUCGCUAAAAAUUCUUGGGAAAUGAGCACAAAGCGAUUUGACGACGAAAUGACCAUGCUCGAUGCAGCAAUGGUUGGAACUUCGUUGAAUUAA